GAAACUCCAGCGAAAUUGAAAACCAAACGAAACAAAACGCAGAACUGCAUAUGCCAUUCAUAUUUCCUUACAGUGACGCGUAAAUAAUGGCUUCCCGCGAUUAACGAACAGAUCUGAUUGGUUGCUAAGAUGAAUAACGAAGACGUGUGAUAUCCCUCACACCUUUCAAAGUGGGACAUUGGUUACCGCGCUAGAUUGCAAUGUCUGUCAGCGAUGUUGAAGAGGAACAGGUUUCAGAAGACUUUGAUGAAGAAGGAGAAAAUCUUGAGCAUGGAGAAGGAAAUACUGAGGAAACUGUUCAUAAACAAGCUUUAACGAAAGAAAUUAUUGCUGAGAACAUUUCAAUUCCAUAUAGACUUGGAUACGGUUUUUCGCAUGCUUACAUAAAACUUGAUUGUUCAGACAAAAAUCUUCUGGAUAUUGAGAUUUUACGCAGCUACAUACAUUUACGCUUUAUCAUUUUGAGUAACAAUUUCAUAACAGAUAUAUCACCACUUGCUGAAUUACCGAAUCUUCAAUAUUUAAAAGCUGACAAUAAUCAAAUUAUUUCAAUUGAAUCAUUGAAAUCAUCACACUACCUUCAAUAUUUAGAUCUUUCAAGUAAUAGACUGACCACUAUAAACAAUCUCUCAUUUCCAUAUUUACGACAUUUAAAAGUAAAUGACAAUGCAAUUGCCUCAUUAAAAUCAGAAACCAAUACAAAUCUUAGUUCUGAACAACUUCCAGAUUUACAUACACUUGAAUUACGUGGUAAUCGAUUGAACACAUUGAAUGGCAUUGAUGAUUUGAUCAGUUUAAAAACAUUAUACUGUGCAGAAAAUUUAUUACGUAGACUAGAAGGUAUUUCUAGUUUAAAAUCAUUAGUUCGUUUACAUCUACGUGAUAAUCGUCUAUCGAAAUUAACAGAUUUCACGGAAACUUUGACUUCAUUAGAAUAUAUCAAUUUAAGAGGUAAUCAAAUUUCUAAAUUUUCCGAAGUCAAACGAUUAAACUGUUUACCGUCAUUGAAAUAUUUGUCAUUAAUUGAUAAUCCAAUUACAGAAAAAGAUAAUUAUCGUCAAAUGGUCAUUGGAUUAGUAAACAGACUGCAACGUUUGGAUAAACAACGUGUUCUAGAUAUGUUUCGCAGUACAGCAAUAGAAUUUGCAACAAAACGUACUGAUAUACUAGAACAAGAAUUAAACGAAUCUGAUACAAUUGAAGAACAAACACCUGAAAGUAUGAAAAAAGAUUUAAGCGAGGAAAAAGAGAAAAUGCCAGGAGAAGAAGAAGAAGAAGACGAACCAGAAAAUAGUGACAAUGAAGGUGAUAAAGAACAAGUUGAAGAGGAAGACGAAGCAGUUGAAGAUGAAGAUGUUGAGGAUGAAGAUGAUGGUGAUGAUGAAGAAUGAAAAACAGGUGGGAAAAAGAGAAAAAAACUUGAUCAGUCAUGACAAAAAAAGACAAAUCUAACUUAUGAAAUCAUGAAAAAAAAAAUAGAUGCUUUUAUUACCUUUUUUUUGUAAAUUUUCUA